AUGGAAGUGCACUCAAACCAUCCAGCACCUAACCAAACCAGUGUCAAGAGCAACAACUCUGCACUUUUCUACUUUGAAUCUUGUCAUCCCCCUUUUUUAGCCAUAUUCUUGCUACUCGUAGCAUAUACUGUGGUCCUAAUCGUAGGCAUUUUUGGAAACCUCUCUCUUAUCAUCAUCAUCUUUAAGAAGCAGAGAGAAGUUCAAACUGUUACUAACAUCCUGAUUGCUAAUCUGUCCCUCUCUGACAUCUUAGUGUGUGUCAUGUGCAUCCCUUUUACAGUCAUCUACACUCUGAUGGACCACUGGGUAUUUGGGAACACCAUGUGUAAACUCACUUCCUAUGUGCAAAGUGUCUCCAUCUCUGUUUCCAUAUUCUCCCUCGUAUUGAUUGCUAUUGAACGGUAUCAGCUGAUUGUGAACCCUCGUGGCUGGAAACCCAGGGUAUCUCAUGCCUAUUGGGGCAUCAUCUUGAUUUGGCUCAUUUCCCUUACAUUAUCUGUUCCCUUAUUCCUGUCCUACCAUGUCACCAAUGAGCCCUUUCACAACCUCUCUCUCCCUACUGACAUCUACUCCCACCAGGGAGCCUGCGUGGAGACUUGGCCUUCUAAACUGACCCAACUCCUCUUUUCCACAUCAUUAUUUAUGCUCCAGUAUUUUGUCCCUCUGGGUUUCAUUCUUAUCUGCUACCUGAAGAUUGUUAUCUGCCUCCAAAAGAGAACUAAGAAGGUGGACAAGAGGAGGGAAAGUGAGAGCCGCCUCAAUGAGAACAAGAGGGUAAACGUGAUGUUGAUUUCCAUUGUAGUGACUUUUGGAGCCUGCUGGCUGCCCUUGAAUAUCUUCAAUGUCAUCUUUGACUGGUAUCAUGAGAUGCUGAUGAGCUGUCACCAUGACCUGGUAUUUGCAGUUUGCCACUUGGUUGCUAUGAUUUCUACAUGCAUAAACCCUCUCUUUUAUGGCUUUCUCAACAAAAAUUUCCAGAAGGACCUUAUGAUGCUUAUUCACCACUGUUGGUGCAUUGGACCUCAGGAAAGAUAUGAAAAUAUUGCCAUGUCCACUAUGCACACAGAUGAGUCCAAGGGAUCAUUAAAAUUAGGUCACAUACCAGCAGGCAUAUAGAAACUCAUAACCAAACCAACACCCUUCUAAAGAAGGAGAAGGAAUGGCAUGGAAUAGGGCAAGACACAGAGAAAGCCAGAGUUACCCACAUAGUACCUUCAGGCCAAGUUUUGCUUUAAGUUAAGCAUGUCUAUUCCAUUCAUCCAUAGAACACACAGAGAUAUACCCCCACCCUUUCUUUUUCUCUUUCCCUUUUGGAAGAAUAAUGAC